GCAUUUGCAGAGCACGCCGGAACCAAGACCGAAGAAUACACAACGAUGGGAUUUUUCAGGUCCAAGAGCAAAAAGGCAGAGUCGCCAGUAUACAGCUUGAUGGAAGAGUGCAACAGGUUGAUGGACGAGAAUAAGUGGCAGGAAGCUCGGGACAAACUGAGCCAUGCUGUUCAACAACUGGAGGAAUCUCAAGGCCUCGAUCACGAGGACACACUAUUUAUGAAGACCAAUUUCGCUUACGCCCUGCGCCGACUUGGUGAGUACCAGGAGGCGGAGCGCAUGGAUCAUCAAGUGUAUGCCGUUCGACUCCAAGUCUCCGGGCCCGAUGACAUCGAGACGGCCAAAUCGCUAAACAACCUCGCGCUGGACCUGAAAGGGCUCGGCCGAUUCGAUGAGGCACUGGAUCUGGAAGAGCGAGCACUAGAGACUUUUCUGAAAAUCAACGGGGAAAGCUCCCGAGAGACGCAGACCAGCAUGAACAACUUGGCUAACAGUUUCCACCGCCAUGGACGCCUCCAAGACGCUGCCCGGCUGCAUGAGAGAGCCCUUGAGCUGCAGUCCCGCACCCUUGGCAAGGAGCAUUUCGAGACCAUUAUCACCAUGGAUCUGCUUGGGGUGGAUUACCGGGAGCUCGGCCAGCUUGACAGAGCGCUCCAUUAUCAGACCGAAGCCCUGGAACUCUCCAAGGCCAAUCUUGGGGAAGCCAAUGCAACCACUAUUCGAUGCUCCGCUAACCUGGCAACAACGUACCAGAGGUCGGACACGGAAGACGGCAAAGCCAAAGCAUUGGCUCUACUGGAGCAGGCCUUGGAGCUUUCGCGGCGGACCUUUGGCGAGAAUAGUUCCGACACGGUGCCGGUGAUGAAUAAUCUCGCCGCGGCAUACGCCAGAGCGGGCCGCUUUUCUGACGCUGUGCCUCUAUUGCAAUCAGCAUAUGCAUGGAAUCAGAGGACCCUGGGUCCUGAUCACCCACAGACCCGAGCCUCCGAAGGCAACCUGAACUAUGUGAUGGAGAAGAUGGGCUUGACUCGUGCUACAGUCUUUUAAUACUUGAGUACUUCUUUAUCUAUGGGGGUUUAAAGUAAUACCUAUCAACUACAAUUCACAAAUUUGUUUGUCAGUUGUCUGGGUAGGACUAACUCUGCUCUAUACAUCAGCCCAGCAGAAAAGCAGCGGCACUCAUCCUCUCCAUUUGUAGAGUACAUAUUUCACUUCCAUGUCCUUUCCGAUUGAUAUUCAUUUGCUCAGUUGUAGCAGUUUGCUCAAACCUGGCCUGAUUUAAAGGAAAAUAUCAUUUUGGG